CUAAUGUUUUCAUUUUUUAAAAAGAAGGAAAAAUCAGAGAAGAAAGAAGACUUUGAGCAAGAAUACAAAGGAAUCAAGAUUAUCCAUAGAAUAGCUGAUAUUACCAAAGAAACCACAGAUUGUAUUGUAAAUGCAGCUAAUGGCAGCCUGGCUCAUGGAGGAGGUGUUGCAUAUGCCAUCUCCAAAGCUGGAGGAAAAGAACUUAACCAAGACUCACGGAAAUGGAUUAAAGAUCAUGGAACGAUUGAAACAGGAGAGACAGCUUAUACCUCAAAAGGAAAUCUCGCUUGUAAUAACUACUGUAUUCACACCGUUGGGCCUAUCUGGAGAGGUGGGAAAGAGAACGAAGACCAGCUCUUAAGAGAUGCUGUUAGGAAUGCCUUCAUCAGAGCAUCAGAAUUAGAGCAGAAUUCUAUCUCAAUCCCAGCUAUUUCCUCAGGAAUCUUUGGAUAUCCUCUUAAAAGAGCUUGCAUACAGAUUGCUAGAGGUACCAAAGAGUAUAUAGAUAACCAAGAAGAGUACAAGAAUACCCUUUCAGAAAUAGUUAUGUGCAAUCUUAUUCCCAAAACCAGCUACGAACUUCAGGAGCAAUGCGUUAAGAUCCUGGUAGAAGAGGAAGAAGAGAAAAAGGAAGUCACAGAGCACCCCAAAGAACCUGAAGAAGGUAAAAUUCAGGAACAAGAUGGUGAAGAAGAUCCUGUAAAAGAGGAUAGUCAUGAGAAAGAAGUUACUGAAGAAGGAGAAGUUACUGAUAAAAUGUCUAACAUGAAACUUUCUGAAGAUCAAGAGGAGCAGGAUGGUUCAUAAAUUGCAUCACAGGUUCAAUAUAAAA